ACACACACAGCUUCCUUAUAUCACACACACAGAGCACAGCAGCUCCCCAGGCAGGAGGCUGCUCAUCACACCUUAGCAUCAUUAUGUCGGAUCAAAGCGAGUCCAGCAGCACAGGAGACAACCUGCUGCACACAUCUGAACAGGACCAUGGUUUACCAAGACUUCGACAGUUUUCUCCAGUCCAUGUACGUAAACUGGGGAUGACGAGAAAACUGAGAGACAGAAGGGAUUUUAAAGAUGAAAAUCCAGAGGAGAAAGCAAGGAGACACAAGGAGAUGGAGCUGAAGCCUCUGUAUAAGGAGCUGCUGUACACCAUUGCACAUAAGUUGGGUAAACCGUCUUCAGCUGAGGUCUUCACAGACAGCCAGCUUCAUCAGUACAUCAAGGAGGCUUUCACUAUGACAGAGUCAGAACACAGCACCCUGAUGGAGAAAGUACAGAGCACAGAGCCUCCAGUGUACUGUCUGAUGGCCACUGUGAAGGAAGCCAUGGGAAUCCUGGGAAAAGAUGUUAGUGGUUUUAGCGACCCAUACUGUAUGCUGACCAUACUGGAGGACGAACAGGAGAGUCGGACUCGCCAGUCCAGAGCCAAACCCUGUAAAUCUGUUGUAAAGGAUGCUGUGUCACGUGAUAAAAUCUACGAAACAGACAUUAAGAAGCAGACCCUGAACCCCAUCUGGAACCAAACCUUCAUAAUAGAGUUCGAAGAUGUGUCCAGUGCCAGCUUCCACCUGGAGAUGUGGGACAAGGAUGAAGAGGUGUCGCUCACUCAGAAACUGGAGGAGAUCAAAACCAACUUUAAUAGUUUAAGAAGGAUGAUCAAGGACGCCAAAAAGGAGAAAGGCACAGAUGACUUUUUGGGAAGUGUCGUCUUAAAACUACAGGAUCUUCACUGUACCGAGGACAACUGGUACAACCUGGAGCCCAGAACAGAGACGUACCCUGACCGUGGCCAGUGUCACCUCAACCUCAAGUUCAUCCAUAAAUCGAGAGACGGGACGCUGAGUGCUGGUCGAAGUGCUUACAUCAACUACUGUGGGAUUCUGCAGCAGUUUGUCCAGGCUUACAUCUCUAAGCAGCAGAGUUCUGCUCCGUGGAAAGGGGAACUGUGUGGUGAAGCUCAGACUCUGCUUGAGCUCUACGCUACACAGAACGACCUCUCGCCUUUCCUUCAGGACCUGGCGAAGUGGGUGGCUUACAGUAAGCUGUACCAGAGUUUAGAGGUGGACUCAUCUGUGCUGCUCCAGCAACUAACCAGUAUAGAAUACCACUGGCACCAGCAAGAGCUGCCCUACCAGCAGAAACAGGAACUCGGGGACUCUCUUCAUGGUUUCCUGCAGUACGGUCUGUGUCUGGUGGCCAAAUACAGAGACAUCUUCCCUCCAACUCCCCAGGCUACUCCCAAACUGCACACUCUGCUCAGGAUCUUGGUCCAGAUCUGCAAGACUCAGGCAUUUCAGAAACUGAACCCCGCUCAAUUUGAGCUUCAUGAUGAGCUCAGUGAUGCUAUAAAGACAGGUACACAGGAGUGGUUUACUAUCAAAAAGGGUUUGCAUCAGCCAAUGACUAAGGACCUGUCAGAGAUAGGGAGAGCCCUCUCCAGGCUCAUUAUGGAGGUGCAGGAGGACGUAAAGCACAACAAGGACAUCUGGAACAGAGUAUUUGUCAGUGCGGUGCAAGUUGAUGUGUUCACUGUCAUCUAUCACAAGUUUGACUCCCUGCUUGCAAAAGAAGUGAGGGAGACUUUAUCCCUGAUGAAGGGUGAGAUGGAGCAGCCUCUAGCCAACAGCCUGUUCCCCGUCUAUCUGAGCCUGCAGGCCAUCCACAAAGACAAGGCCUUCUUACAGAAACGGGGAUUACUGGAGCUGACAAACAUUCAUGAUGGCUUCAGAGAAGCUCUGCCUUACUGGCUCAACCAGGCAUUCAGCACCACUCAGGACAGGGUGGAGAGAGCUGUGCAGGUGGACCAGCUGCAGCCUCUGGAGUCUGGUGCAGUGCCCAUAAAACACAGUUCAUCAGCAGUAGACCUGGUGGCAUGUGUCCAGCCCAUCUGCCAGCUGUGGGAGCAGCUGUCCUGGCCAGACCCUGAGGAGGCCUUCAUGCUCAUGGUCAAACUGACUGAGGAUGUGUGCAAGAUUGUGGUGAACUACUGUCACAUCCUGAAGGAGAGAGUCCGGGUGCUGUCUGAGAACUCUGACCACAGCAGCGCUAUUAACAUGCUGUGCGUGGUGGUGAACGACCUGGAACACUUGCGGUCAGUGCUGACUCGACUUCCUACGCAGCUCAACUGGGCCGGGCUUCGAGAUCGCACUCAGAACGUGAUUGGGGAGAGCCAGUUCCACAACACGCUGCCUUCACAGCUUCAACAAGCCCAGAGCAUCCUGGGCCGAGAAAUCCAAUCCGCUCUAGACACUCUUGGGAAAAAGUUAAACACAGACAUUGAGACUCAUGUCAGAAGCAUGUCGACCCGACGCAGGAUUCCCUCCAAGUCCUCAGAGGAUGCAGCAACUCCUUUAAUGCGCUAUCUAGAGCAAGAGCUGCAGUAUAUGAAUGAAAACCUGGUCCAAGAGAACUUCAACAGUCUCCUGACUCCUUUGUGGAACAACUCAAUUAAAAUCAUCUACCAGGUGGCUACUCAGCAUCCACAGCAAGAAGGGCUCAUGGUGUUCUGCCAGAGACUGUUGUAUACACUGCAGUGCCUUGAGCAGUGCUUCCACGCUGAGGGAAACGGACUUCCUUUGACUGCACUCCAAUCUGAUGAGUACAAGGUUCUUAAAGCUCACCUCACUCACAACUCCCUGAACAGCCAGCAGCUGGUGGAGAAGUUUCUGGAAAGGAAAAUAUGGGAGCAGAAAGUGUACAGUGGAGAGAAAUAUGGUGCAGUCACCCUCCUCACAUCCUACAGAAGAUCAGACCAGAGGCUGCGAGUGGAGGUGCUGAAUGCCGUCAACCUCCUACCAAUGGACUCUAAUGGCUUCAGUGAUCCAUUUGUGCAGCUGUGUCUGGAGCCGAACCACGUCUUUCCUGAGAUAGAGCCUCGCUCCACCCAGAUCAAAAGCUGUGAUCUCAACCCUCUUUUUGAUGAGGCGUUUGAAUUCCUGGUAUCCCUGGAGCAAUGCCAGGCUCUAGGGGCUUGCCUGGUGGUCACGGUUCUGGACCACGACACCCUGAGCACCGAUGACUUUGAAGGCGAGGCUUUUCUGUCCCUAAAGUCCAUACCUGGAGUUGCAGGAGCAAGAGAAGAAGAUGAACUCAACUCACAACCAGACGCCGUUCCUGCUCAAAUACGCCUGCCUCUGAUGCAUCCGAAACCUAAUGAGGACAGCAUCCUGAGGUUACUGGAGUCCAGGAGAGGAGAGCGGGAGGCUCAGAGCUUUGUGAAGAAGAGAAGACAGAGAGAGAAACAGUCCCAGGAGGGCGUUCACUCGUAACAAACACAAAGAAACAAGGUGUCCUCCAAAAAUAUACAAUUUGUUUUAAUGAUCUGUACCAAAAACAAAGAAAAAAAAAUCCACUCAGAAGGAAACAGUGGUGUUGCAUGAGUUGUGUGUGGACAGUAUGCUGAGCAUGGGUUUGACAAACACCAUCACAGUGAUCAUGAACACUUUCACACCUGCAUUUAAACCUCACACAGCUCUUUACAUAUGCUUCCUGAUGCUUUGUCUAAUCAGUGCAAGAGAUAAGUAUGACAUCACUUAACUAUAUGUGUGUGUGUCUAUAUAUUAGACUACAUUUGACACACUUAAAUGUCAAAGAUUACCAUAAGUUUAAAAAUUUUGGCAGAAAAAACUUUCACAUGUUGAUUUUAAACAUAGAGAAAGGGCCGGUUUUAACAAAAACAUGUAUGUUUGAGUUAACAUGAAAAGCUUUUAAGUAAAAAUUCAAAAUAUGUAAUUUCAAAGACUACACAAGCUGAAGUUUGCCUCGAUUGUGUUGACAUGCUGUCUUCUUCCAGUUUACGUAGAAGAAUAUUAGAGAAAACCUGAGUGCUUCAAACAGAGGCCAUCUGUUGUAAAUCUGAACAAAUAUUACUAAUUUUUAAAUAUUUCUAUCACUAUUGAACAGUAAUUGACCAUUUUGAAUUUAUUUUGCUAAAAAACUGUUAGAAUUAAACAAAAAGUCAAAAUGAACACAUUCAAUACAAUCUAUUGAGUGCUACCAGCAGACUGAAGUGAUGGCCUCCUUUUGGCUGGAGCAGUACAGGAUCAUUGUCUGGAUCAAACUCCAUGUGCCCUUUAAGUGUUUUCAGUCAGACCUGUACAUUUUGUUAAGAUGACUCAACACCCUCAAGAAUAAAUUUAAAAAACUGCUAACCUGCCAUGUUACCCAUCUAUCUAGACAGUUUAGAGAUCGUUGCUGACACACAUGCCACACAGAGAUAUUCUGAGAGGUACCAAGCUCAAGUCUUGCUUUUUGGAAAGAGUUCAAAGUGUUUAAUGAAAUGUUUUUGAAGUUGUCAGUGCCAAAAAUCUAAAUGCCACUGAUUUUUUAAAUUUUUUUGUAAAAAGUGCCAGUGGACACAUUUAAUCCUCAGCAAGUCACCCUGAAACCACCUAGAUGGAUUGAUAACACUCUAGAAAGGUGGGUUUUUUUAGACAGAAAAAUUUGGAUUCAGAACUGUGUAUGUAAAUAUUCCAUAAUUAGGGUUAGAGAAGAAAUAACAGCAGGUCUUUCAGUUAUUUUCACAACUCAAGAGCAGGGAUAAAGAACAGUGUCGCUGGUCAAAAGCAAUAACUAGAAAAAUGUACUGUGUUCCUUGUGUAACACUGGAAACAUUAUUAAAUUCCUAAAUUCCACAUUAAGAGCUUUGACUUAGUGGGUAAUACUCACUAAGCUGGUCAUUCACGGGUAAACGUCAUCUUAAAAGUACACAACCAGAUCAGUGCUUUUGUUGUUACUGUAUUACAAAGUGACCUCUACGCAGAUUUGAAAUGGCGCUCGGCGUCCAAAGGCUGGUUUUCUGUGGAAUCAGGACUGACUGGUCUGGAAUCUGUGCUGGUCCGACCGAGGUCAAGAGAGCUGCUGCUCCAGGGUCUGUUCGGGGCAGAGCGGACACUCUGUGGAGGCGGAGCAGCUCUCACACUGUAGUCCAUGACCACAGGGCAGCGACACCGAGCCCUGCUCUCCACACGUCACACAGCACUGUCUCUGUUUCCUGUACACCACCUGUUCAGACACAACACAGACGUUUACACCUCCAACACUGGAGAAUGUUCAGUGAUUUAGAGGAGCACAUGUGAAGUUCAUCACUAGCCCUGGUAAAAAAAAUAAAUAAAUCAAAAAAUCAGGGUCACCAAUAUUGUCAGAGAAUGACAAUGAAAAAGGAAAUAAAAAUAUUACGCUUUAUCAGUAUCUGGUUUUUCAUACAGUAUAUGCAAGGGCAUCAGACAUUUAUUUACUGCAUUUUGGUGAAUGUUUAUGCUCCAGUUUGUGCUUUUUCUGUAUCAGUUUAUUGUGGAAAUGUCUUUAUUUCUGUGAAGAAAAACUUCAGGCACCAAUUCAAAACAUAAUGUAAACAUAUCGUAAUUUCCGGACUAUUGAGCGCACCUGAAUAUAAGCUGCACCCAUUAAAUUUAAAAAGAAAAAAUGUUUUGUACAUAUAUAAGCCGCACCUGACUAAUAGCCACAGAUGUCCGCAUUGUAACAUGAAAUAUUUGCACAGAAAGAUUUUUUUUUUUUUUUUUUUUUUUUUAAAUCUUCUAUUUAAAUAAAACCUUCCCCCCCCGAACAGUGCCUGUAACACGGCAGUAAAACACACUGAGUCAGUUCACGUUGUCGACCCCAACGUCUCAUCAUGGAUCCAUUGAUGCCAGGCUAACAUGCAGCAGCUCUAUUUCCUUCUUUGACAGGCAGAUCGAUUGCCUUUAACUUAAAAGCUGCAUCAUAUGCAUUUCUUCGUGUGUUUUCCAUGAUGAGGGUGUGUGCAUGAAGCGCAAAAUGAUCGAUCUGAAGAAUUUAGUGUGAGUGCGUUUGACUGAAUUCGAACUCUGAUGUGACGAGGCUAAACAUAUUAAAGGCAUGAAGCUCGCCUAUAAAAAUCUAUACAUUAGCCGUAUCGCUGUAUAAGCCACAGGGUUCAAAGCGAGAGAAAAAGGUAGCAGGUUAUAGUCCGGAAAGUACGGUAUAUGGAUCUAAUCAUGUUUUAGGCAAUAGAGUCAGUGAGUAUCUGAGCUGAUAAUUUACUGUAUUUGUAAAAUAUAUAAAUAAAUAAUUACAGAAUAAUCCAUUGUCACAUAUGUAUGACACUGUAGUAGCCAACAGUAGUGUCUAACAGUUACUUGGACAAGUCUUCCUGCGACUAAACGCUUUUGAACAAUAUAAUGUUGCAGCACUGUAAAGUUAGAUGUUGUUGAAAAAUAAGACAUUAGGUCUUCUGUUGUUUCAGUUCUAUGUUGUAAAAAAAUCUUUGUAUUUUAAACUUUCCAGCAAUAAAGGGCUACUUGAAACCU